UGUAGAAUGGGAAAAGUACGAAGAGCUAGGCAAAAGGCACACAACUCUGCUGUGAAAGUGAAGGAAGUGGGAGGUAACUCCGCUAAACAAGAUGAUACUGACGAGAUGGAACUGGAACAGAAUUUGUCAUCAUUAGAGGCACCCCAACUAGCACAGUCUAAUAUAUUUGACGGACUGGACUUGUCCAAGUACAACCUGAAAGCCCAGCUACCUGAGUUUGAUACCCAGAGUGCUAUAACAUCAAAGUCCCUGAAGGAAUUGAAGUUGAAGAAGAAAGAUAGACAAAAACUGAGACAUGAGCUUUGGCUGAAGAAACUGAGUGCAAUAGAUUCGGCAAAAAAGGAUGCCAAGAAUAAGAAGAAAAGAGAGCAGACUGCUGUUGUAGGUGAUAUAGGGGCACUAGGGGACGCACUCCCUACACUAGAACUCCUGUUAAAAACCUCAACAAAACCAUCACAAAGCAAUGAGCCAAAGAAACCCAAAGGCAUACAAAAGGAGAAAAAGCGAAAGAAACAAAUGAUGGAGGAUAUAUCGGUAUUUCAUCAAGUGAUAAAACAUCCGUCUUUUAAAGAAAAUCCUACGAGUACAAUAUCAGAACAUUUACACAACAGACAAAAACAAGAACAUAUGAACCCAUGAAUCUGUGAUGUUCGGAAGUA